UAUAUCUACUGUACUGUCUGAUAUUUCCGUGUGUUCAACUUCAUCAGUUUUUUGUUAAAAAUGUAACAUUAGUGGUUGAUAAUUAACUACCAAAUACAAGAUGUGGCAGCCCGAUCCUGUCCACAAUGAGUUGGUCUCUAUUAUGAAUGAAUUAAUGAUGUCGUUGGAGGAGGAAAUUGACAAAUGUAUGGCGUUCUCGGUCUCCUCAACACAAUACAGUACAGGCAUUGAUGCAGGAGAGACAGGGGAAAUUGAAAGAGAAUCCAAGUUGGAGGUAAAAGUCGAGUUGACAUGUGUGAUGAAACAGUUCGUGAAACAGACUCUCACCAAAAUCAACCAGUUGAUCUCCAAAGGCACUGAAGCACUGCGUUCAGAGAUUUGCCAGAGUCAAAGUGAGAUGAAAUCUCUGAAAAUGAAGUUAUUGGAGAUGGCUGAUGGUAAGGAAGUACCUGAAAAUACAGUGGAAAGAACCCCACAGACAGAGGAAGAGGAGGAAUGGACGGAAGCACCUUUAUCACCAGAGUUUGCAGAGGAUUUUGAGGUUGACGUGCCAACUCCCAGUGGUGAGGCUGACAACACUACAAAUGUCAAGAAGGAGGCCACGAUCAGAGCUAAAACCAUAGCGAUGGAACAGUCAUUUAUAUCUCUAGCUAAAAUACCUUCCUCCUCACUCAUUGAGUCUAUCAAACAGGUGGCUAUUGCAGACAAACAGGCAGCAAGCAGGCCUACAGACAAACAGGCAGCAAGUAGGUCUAUAGACAAUCAGGCCACAAGUGCAGACCCCCAAACUCCCAGUGGGGACUCUGUGAUGUCCACCAGACCCAGGAGGAAGAAGAGAAUAGAAGCGCAACCCACAGCGGCAGAAUCAGACGGAAGUGAGGAAAACGCUGAUGACCAAUGGGAGGAGGAGAGUGCUAAAGCUGGACAAACCUCGAAUGACGAAUAUGUUCACAACAUAAAGCCAAGGCCCAACAUAAAGAAAAACAAGACUACCACCACCAAGAAAGAGCACCACUGUCUGGAUUGCGGUAAGGUUUUUAAGAAUUCAAGUAAUUUAAAACUGCAUCAACAGACUCACACAGGAGAGAGACCUUAUUGUUGUGAAUUAUGCGGGAAAUGUUUCCCGACUGCUUGGAAGCUCAGAAUACACCAAGCAGUGGUCCACAGAAGAGAGAAGCCGCUUGAGUGUCCAACAUGUGGGAAGUGCUUUGCAACAAAGAGUUAUUUGGACACUCACGCAAGUGUUCAUUCAACAGAGAAACCGUUCCGAUGCCUCGUGUGUCAGAAGUGUUUUAAAAGUAAAAAGGGCUUCAAGGAACACACAAUGAUGCACAGUUCAAAUUCAGAUUCAUAUGCGUGUGACAAAUGUCCAAAAGCCUUCGUUAAGUUGAAAUACCUCAAGAAUCACCAGCUAACUCACAGUGGAGGAGGAGCUCACCGUUGUGAAUUGUGUGGGAAAGGUUUCAAGACUCCUUCUCAGCUCAAACAGCACCAAGCAUCAGUCCAUAGGGGAGAGAAGCCAUUCCAAUGUCCCACAUGUGGGAAGUGCUUCGCAACAAAGACCAAUUUGAAAAUUCACACAAGUGUUCAUUCAGGAGAGAGAGCAUUCCAGUGCACUCAGUGUCAGAUGUGUUUCAAAACCAAGUAUACUCUUAACGCCCAUAAGAAGACACACACGGACUCCAAGCCGUAUGCUUGCGACAAAUGCCCAAUGACCUUUAUUCGGUCUUAUUACCUCAGAAGGCAUGAAAUCUCGCACCUGACCAGCAAGCCAUUCGCGUGCAGCCACUGUGGGAAAGGCUUCAAAGGUGAACGUGGGCUCAAGGGACACGAACGCACCCACACCGAAGACCCACCUUAUACCUGUGACGAAUGUGGCAAGGGUUUCUAUCAACACGAAUCGUUUCAAGUCCAUGCAGCCUUGCACACCGGAGAGAAGCCGUUCACCUGUGAUUACUGCAGUAAAAACUUUGCCCUGGCGUCCUACCUUAAAACCCACAUCGCAAAUCAUCACUCUGUCAACAAACCCCACGUCUGUGGGAAAUGUGGCAAGAAAUAUAAGGAUUUCACCCAUUUCAGAAUCCAUAUGUUUCAGGGUUGUCAAGAGGAGGCUGCGGUGUUGGUUUGACUUUUUAUUGUUAUUUUGGAAUUGUGACGUUGUAAUAUGUUAUGUUUUCACUACAAACAUGCAUGUUUCCUUGCACAGUACCAAUAACAUUUGUUUUGAAUAUAUAUUUUUUGAUGUAUACAGACUUGGCCAGUAAUACAUUUUAAAAAUGAACAUAUUAGGGGAUCUAUAACCCUCUUAAAUUGCGCCUCUGGUUGGAUGCAGGUUACAGGCACAACCUGUAUCUUUCAUUCUGACAAUGCUUUGUCAUUCAUUAUUAUUUUGGAAUUGGGAUUAAAGUUGUAAUGUUCUUGUUUCAC